AUGGAAAAUAGUCCGCCUCCGAGGACCCUCGAUGAGGUGUCAGACGCGGAUUCUGACCUUGAGGAGCUUCAAGGUGAUAUCGCAAAGUUUGAUGAAUCCGUCAGAGAAUUCCUCGCGUCACAUAGAGGAACAGUAGAUGUUCCCAGACUAUCGCGUGGUACAUCCAGGGGCAGAGCGCCGCGAGGUCCGCGUAAAGCAGCGAAGCCAAGAGGCGACAUCACGGCCAGGCUCUCUAAGGUUAAUCAGGCUUUUUUAAGUGGUGACUAUGAACAAGCCAUGGACCUUGCUUUCGAGGUCAUCAGGAUCAACGCGGAAACACAUCAAGCUUGGACGGCUCUCUCUUCGAUUUUUAGAGAGCGCGGUGAAAUGGACAGAGCUUUAUCAGCAAUGGUAUACGCAGCUCAUCUUCGGCCAAAGGAUGUAUCUGAGUGGCUCAGAUGCGCCUCAUUUGCAUUGGAUUCCAUUACUGGUGAAGAUGAUGAGCCCGGAAACCUGCACACCGCUCGACUCUGCUAUUCAGCAGCUCUCAGAGCAGAUCCUACAAAUUUUGAAGCUCGUCUCAACAAAGCUGAUGUAUGUCAUAGACAAGGCCACCUCUCUGCUGCCAUCACGGAGUAUAAUACUGUUCUCAAACGACGUCCAUACGAUCUUAAUACCAUACGGAAACUUGCUGAGGCAUGCAUCGACUCGAAAAACGCAGCAACUUUGGUGCCUUCCGCCAUAAAUGCGUAUCGACAUUAUUUUGACCAUGCAAUGAGCGAAAUGCAGCUUGAAGCUCAAGAUAUGCUCUGGCACGAUGUUGGAAUCUAUGUGGGACUCCUUGCCCAGGUGGAACGAGUUCAAGAAGCGAUUUCAGAGCUGAAACGACUUUCAAGAUGGCUUCUUGGACGCUCUGCCGAAACGUUUUGGGACAACUGGCGAGACGACGACAGAGAAUGGGACAUAUUGGACAACCGGCGUGCAUCUGUUCCAGAAUUCUCUCAUCUUGGCAACAACUCGACACAAUUUGGUCAGUCCCUGCCCUUGGACCUCCGCGUCCGACUGGCGACAUAUCGACUUAGGAACGGUGAUCAUUCAGAGGCCAUGAAACACUUGGAUCACUUGGACCCAGCCGAUCCAUCCACCAAAGCUUUUGCUGGCGACUUUACGUUCUUGAUAUACGACCUGGGUGUGGAACUGGGCAAAAAUGGCCAAGCAUCAAGGGCAAUCCGGUACUUUGAACUGUUGCGCUCUAUGUCUGGGGACCCUGACGCUGCGGUCUUAUUGCAGCUAGGCCGAUGCUACCUGGGUACUGGAGAGUCUGCAAUGGCUGAGGAGUACUUAUUGGCCGCGCUAGAUGCGGAGGAAGACAAUAUAGAUGCUCGCAUUGAACUUGCAAAUAUGUACGAGAAAGCUCGAGAGGAUGAGGAAGCUUUGAUAUUGGCGGCUGAAGCUUUGGCUCUUCGUGGAGUCCAAGACCAGGAUCAUCCCAUCGAGGAUGCUGGCAUAGCCAAGGUCCGAAUCCGACCCUCCCGCAGCCGUAGGCAACGAGCCUCACAAGGACGAUUUCAAGGGGGUGGUAACGCAGACAGAUCAAAUUUGAUGGGUAAUGGAACCAGGCGGCCAGCCAUUCCUAGAAGACAUCGGUCAAAAAAGCUUGCUGGCCCUGACAGACGUCAACAGGACGAACAAAUACGUGCUCUCAAACUUUCUCAACAGUAUGCUAUUGUGCGGGAUCUAAAACAACGCAUUUCAGAAGGCCAUAAGGAGUUAAUACCUGCUUGGAUGGCAUCUUCCAAGGAACUAGUCGAUGACUUCAGGUCUCUGAAGCGAUUCUACAGUUGGGACAACUAUUUGCGCUUUCUCGGGUCGAAAGUCUUAUUGCAUAAGUCAAGCGCAAACCAGCCAGAGACCGAACUCUCCCAAAUGUACCAAAGAUUGACGCGUUGUAAGUGA